CCUCGUGCAUGAGAAGCUGCUGAACGACUACCUGCACCGUGUCUUUUCUUCUCUUGAUCACGGCCCCGCGGCAGCCACCAGCAGGUAUGGCCGGAUGGCUCUCCCCUCCCUCUGCGGGGCCAGACCAGAGGCGGGAGGCUGGGUUGUGGGGAGGGAGGCUGGGCUCUGGGUGGGCUGGCUUGCGUUCCAUUCUCGCUCUGCCACUCCUGCCUGUGAGACUGUGGCCCAGAGAGUACCAGAUUCUCCGCCCUGGCAGUGCUGGUACCUCCCUUCUGAGGGUGUAGCGGAGGUCAGGGGCACAGUGCAGGGUUAGUCCUCAGCGUGGCACUUCACACCUACUCUACACUCAGCAUCUGGUCCAUAUGCACCUGGCCUUACCUCCGCUGCACCCUGGCCCUCCGUAGCCUCUGCUGGAUCUAUAAUAUGCAGACCCCAUCAGCCCUUUAUUCCUUGCAUGUUUAGUAUUUUUAAGUUGAGCUUAUACCCAAGUUAUAAGUGUAGUUUAGCAGCAACUUGUAAAAGCAAAAGCGUCUGCCAUCUUCUAAUAUAAAGGAUGGCGCGUGAUUCCAUUUUGUUUUCUUUGUCUCAUAAUGUAUGCAGUUUGGGUUUUGCCAUAUGGGAAAUUUGCUUAAACUUUUUGUCACUGUCAGUUUCUUUAAAGUUAUUGAGGAAUAAGUGGCAUACCAUAAACUGCGUGUAUUUAAAGCACACCAUCUAGUAAGUUGCGACACAGAUAACCUGAGAAGCCAUCACUGCAUGGACAUACCCCCAAAAGUUUAUUGGAGUUUUAAAUCCUGUUUUUGUCAUCAGAGGUUAUUCCUGCAUGGUUUUCUACACUACAAAUUGAUAGUGGUGGGCAUCUUUUAGAGCCAGGAAUCUGCCUGAGCGCUGCCCUAGUUUAGGGGGGCUUUGGUUUUUGUAAACAGUGCUGCAUGGACACCCAGGGUUGGGAUCAUGUGCCUGGAGUGUUUGAAUCUCAGUCACUUGUAGGACUGCUGGUGAAUUUCUUCUUCUUCAAAGGGUUCUGAACAUUCUUCCUCCCUGCAGUGCGGCAUGGGUGUCCCUAAGUUUCAGCCCCCUCGCCAGCCAGCCUUGUUCUGUCUUGAAGUCUCUGCUCACUGGGCAGGCCCAAAGGGCCCCCUCUUCCAUUUUAGCAGCCAUGGUGGCCAAAGGGUUUCCACUUGUAGACCUCUACCCCAGCCCCAGUCCUGGCCUGUCCCCAGGGCCACCUGAUCCCUCCCUCAUGUGACAGCAGAAAUGAUCCUGCUACCACUGGGGCUGCGGUUGCCAGGAGUGAGAGCAGGUGGCUGAGCCGUUAGUCGGUGGUGGUGGGGACACAGGAUCUGGGCAGGCCAGAGAGGCCAGGCCAGGGCUGCGGGUGGCCAAAUGGGAGGUGCUGCAGGCAUUCACUGAGGCCAAGUCUCAGACUGCCUGCCCACAGCUGCUCUUAAAAGCAGGCACAGGACUGGAGCAGCCCUCCCAGCGUGGGCCUGUAAGAAGUGCCCUUGAGGAAGCCUGCUUGAUCUGUGGGCCCACUGGGGGUGUUAAGAGACAGAGGGGCUCCAGCCUUCCACAUUACUGGCAAGGCACCCCAUUGCACAGCUGCCUCCUGGCCUUGACCUGGGGCUCCACAGCAGUGGGGAGGAGGCUUCAUGAGUCUCUCCUCCUUGCAGCUCAAGGUCAGUUGUAGCUCACGGUGUGGGAACAUACGGCCCCUGGGCCUGGGCUGAAGCUACCUAGCCGGAGAGUCGGUGCGCUGGCCCAUCCAAGUGCCCUUCCAGGGUCUGACCUCUCAGGCAGUGAGCAGGGUGUGAGCUGGGAUUCAACAUGGAACAGCAGGUGCCAGCAGUCUGCGGGCUGGAUCCGGAUGGGCCUCAGACUCUGCUCCUGGAGCCCUGCUAGUUACCACCACCUCAUUCCUGGCUAUUCUUAGCAGCUGAGCUCAGGAUUAGCUGGCCAGCACUAGGCAGAACUCUUUCUCCUCUGGGCAUGUGUGCUGGGAGGAUGAGGGGGCCACUCAGACACAUCCUCCCAGCCCGUCUGGUUGGGGCAGGUGGCCUGCCGUGUGCUCUCCUCUCCUCUGCAGGUGGGUCCAGGACACAGCCAGCCAGAAGCUAAGAGGGCUGAGCCCUGCAUCCUCCCAGGACAUGUCUCAUUCAACACACAGGCUUCCCUGGAUGGGACCACAGACCUGGGGUCAAGGAUUGGACUAGACGGUCUUGGAAACCCCUGAGCUUCCAGAACUUGCCAGAGCAUCUGGACCAGCUGUUACAUGUGGACGAGGAGGAGGAGGAGAGCCAGGGUUGAAGGGCGGCUUGGCCCGUCCACUGUGGUCCUCGACCACACAGGUGGCUUUGAAGGGCUGCUUCUGGUGGAUGAUGACCUCUUGGGGGUGAUUGGACACAGCAACUUUGGGACGAUCCGCUCCACCACGUGCGUGUACAAAGGGAAAUGGAUCUACGAGGUGCUCAUCUCCUCCCAGGGGCUCAUGCAGAUUGGCUGGUGCACAAUCAACUGCCGAUUCAAUCAGGAGGAGGGGGUUGGAGAUACACACAAUUCCUACGCCUAUGAUGGCAACCGGGUACGCAAGUGGAACGUGACCACAACGAACUACGGAAAGGCGUGGGCAGCAGGGGACAUCGUGAGCUGCCUGAUCGACCUGGACGAAGGCACUCUGUCCUUCUCCCUGAAUGGUGUGUCACUGGGCACCGCCUUUGAGAACUUAUCCAGGGGCCUGGGCAUGGCUUACUUCCCAGCCAUCAGCCUCUCUUUCAAGGAGUCUGUGGCCUUCAACUUCGGCAGCCGUCCCCUGCGCUACCCAGUGGCAGGCUACCGGCCCCUGCAGGACCCGCCGAGCGCCGACCUGGCUCGGGCACAGAGGUUGCUGGGCUGCUUCCGGGCCGUGCUCAGCGUGGAGCUGGACCCCGUGGAAGGGCGGCUGGUGGAGAAGGAGAGCUCUGAGUGGCAGUUGCAGGGCCAGCCCACCAUCCUCCUCACCCUGGCCCACAUAUUCCAUCACUUCGCACCGCUCCUGCGCGAGGUGUACGUGGUGGAGGCCGUGCUCAUGAGCUUCCUGCUGGGUGUCGUGGAGGCGGGCUCCCCUGAGCAGGCGCAGACCGUGGUGCACCAGGUCCUGGACCUCCUGUGGCUCUUCAUGGAGGACUACGAGGUGCAGGACUGCCUCAAGCAGCUGAUGAUGUCCCUGUUGCGGCUGUACCGCUUCUCGCCCAUCGUCCCCGACCUGAGCCUGCAGAUCCGCUACCUGCGGCUCACCAUCGCCAUCCUCAGUCAUCAGAAGUCCCGCAAGUUUCUGCUUAGCAGCGUCCUUUUCGACGUGCUGCGGUCUGUCGUCUUCUUUUACAUCAAGAGCCCGCUGCGCGUGGAGGAGGCAGGCCUCCAGGAGCUUAUCCCGACUACAUGGUGGCCCCACCGCUCCCCCAGGGAGGGCAAAGAGGAGGUGAGGGAAGAGACCUCUGAGGAGAGGCUCCGGCGGCGUGCCUACGAACGGGGCUGCCAGAGGCUCAAGAAGCGCAUUGAAGUGGUAGAAGAACUACAGGUCCAGAUCCUGAAGCUGCUGCUGAACAAUAAGGAUGAGAACGGGGGUGAAGCUUCCAGGUACAUCUUUCUGACCAAGUUCCGGAAGUUUCUGCAGGAGAAUGCCAGCGGCCGGGGGAACACGCCCAUGCUCUGCCCCCCCGAGUACAUGGUCUGCUUCUUGCACCGCUUGAUCUCGGCCCUGCGCUUCUACUGGGACGAGUACAAGGCUUCGAACCCGCGCACCUCCUUCAGUGAGGAGGCCUACGUUCCACCCCAGAUCUUCUAUAACGGCAAGGUGGACUACUUUGACCUGCAGCGCCUCGGAGGCCUCCUCUCACACCUUCGGAAGACGCUCAAAGAUGACCUUGCCUCCAAGGCCAACAUCCUGAUCGACCCACUGGAGCUCCAGGCAACCACCAUGGACGACCUGGACGAGGAUGAGGAGCCAGCCCCCGCUGCGGCCCAGGUGCCGCGCACCGCAGCUGUGACCCUGAUGACCCCACGGCGGCCCCUGAGUGCCUCAGAGAAAGUGAAGGUCCGCACCCUGAGCGCAGAGCAGAGGACGCGCGAGGACAUCGAAGGUAGCCAGUGGAAUGAGGGCCUGCUGGUGGGGCGGCCCCCCGAGGAACCUGACCAGCCCCUCACUGAGAACUCCCUGCUGGAAGUCCUAGAUGGCGCCGUCAUGAUGUAUAACCUCAGCGUUCACCAGCAGCUGGGCAAGAUGGUGGGAGUGUCUGAUGAUGUCAACGAGUACGCGAUGGCCCUGCGGGACACAGAGGACAAGCUCCGCCGGUGCCCCAAGCGGAGGAAGGACAUCCUGGCAGAGCUGACCAAGAGCCAGAAGGUUUUCUCAGAAAAGCUGGAUCACCUCAGCCGCCGUCUGGCCUGGGUCCAUGCCACCGUCUACUCCCAGGAGAAGAUGCAGGACAUUUACUGGCUGCUUCGAGUCUGCCUGCGGACCAUUGAGCACGGCGACCGCACGGGUUCUCUCUUUGCCUUCAUGCCCGAGUUCUACCUGAGCGUGGCCAUCAACAGCUACAGCGCCCUCAAGAAUUACUUUGGCCCCGUGCACAGCAUGGAGGAGCUCCCAGGCUAUGAGGAGACUCUGACCCGUCUGGCCGCCAUCCUUGCCAAACACUUCGCAGACACACGCAUCGUGGGCACUGACAUCCGGGACUCACUGAUGCAGGCUCUGGCCAGCUACGUGUGCUACCCCAACUCCCUGCGGGCCGUGGAGCGGAUCCCUGAGGAGCAGCGCAUCGCCAUGGUGAAGAACCUCCUGGCUCCCUACGAGCAGCGGCCCUGGGCCCAGACCAACUGGAUCCUGGUUCGGCUCUGGCGGGGCUGUGGGUUUGGGUACCGCUAUACGCGGCUGCCACACCUACUAAAAACCAAACCUGAGGAUGCCAAUCUGCCCAGCCUCCAGAAGCCCUGCCCCUCCACCCUGCUGCAGCAGCACAUGGCAGACCUGCUGCGGGAGGGUUCGGACGUGGCCCCCAGCUUCCUCAACAGUGUCCUCAACCAACUCAACUGGGCCUUCUCCGAGUUCAUUGGCAUGAUCCAGGAGAUCCAUCAGGCUGCAGAGCGCCUGGAGCGGAACUUCGUGGACAGCCGGCAGCUCAAGGUAUGCGCCACCUGCUUUGACCUGUCAGUCAGCCUGCUGCGCGUCCUGGAGAUGACCAUCACACUGGUGCCGGAGAUCUUCCUUGACUGGGCCCGGCCGACCUCGGAGAUGCUGCUGCGGCGGCUCGCACAGCUGCUGAAUCAGGUGCUGAACCGGGUGACAGCCGAGAGGAACCUCUUUGACCGUGUGGUUACCCUGCGGCUGCCUGGCCUGGAGAGUGUGGACCACUACCCCAUUCUGGUGGCAGUGACCGGCAUCCUGGUGCGACUCCUGGUGCAUGGCCCAGCCUCAGGGACAGAGAGAGCCACGUCAGUGCUCCUGGCUGAUCCCUGCUUCCAGCUCCGCUCCAUAUCCUACCUGCUGGGGCAGCCAGAGCCCCCUGCCCCUGGCACUGCCCUGCCUGCCCCUGACCGGAAGCACUUCUCCCUGCAGAGCUAUACAGAUUACAUCAGCGUGGAGGAGCUGGCCCAGGUGGAACAGAUGCUGGCACACCUAACCUCUGCAUCUGCGCAGGUGGCAGCUGCCUCCCUGCCCACCAGUGAGGAAGACCUCUGCCCCAUCUGCUAUGCUCACCCCAUCUCUGCUGUGUUCCAGCCCUGUGGCCACAAGUCCUGCAAAGCCUGCAUCGACCAGCACCUGAUGAACAACAAGGACUGCUUCUUCUGCAAAGCCACCAUCGCGUCAGUGGAGGACUGGGACAAGGCAGCCAAUGCAAGUGCCACUUCCUCGGCUGCUUAGGCCUGCCUGGCCCACACAGCAGGAACCUCCACCCCCCAACUCAAAUCCAGGCUGGGCCCUCUUUAUGAGCCCCUUGCCCUGUCCCCCUCUCCCCACUCCAUCCCACCUCCUCGCCUGUGUGAACCUCAUCAGCAGGGGUCCAGCCAUGCCCUAUUUGUGCCUCAGCUUGAUUUUCAGUCAGGGCCGCAGUGAGCAUUAAAUUAUUAUUCCAUACA